UUCUCUAAUAUGAAUUAGGAUAAAUCUAGUGUGAGUUUGAAAGCUCCAUUUUUAUUUGAAGCUGAAAGGGAUAAAAGUGAAUUAGUGACAUAUUCAAAACGAAAUAGAGCAGGCAUAAUAUCGCGGUUGUUUUUCUUUUGGAUAUUUAGUACAAUAAAUGUAAAAUUAAAUAAGAAUUUAGACUGCAUCUAAGAUGACAUUAUAAGAUAACAUGAUAGAAGAUUUAAGGUUUGAAGAUACAAGUGAAUAAUUAUAUUAUCGAUUUUCGAAGGAAUUUGAAAAGAGGAAAAACAAAAAGAAUGGAUUAAUUUGGUCAUUGAUAGGUGUGUCAUAAAAAUAAUGUGUUUUUGUUUUAAUAGUGAUGUUAUUAAAUGUUGGAACAUCAUUAUUAAAUCCAUUAUUAAUAAAAUGGACAAUAUAAUAUUUGAUGAAAGAGGAGAAAUAAAUAUAGGAAGGAUUAAUAUUGAUAUUUAGUAUAAUAGGAAUGAGAAUAAUAUCAGUUAUUUGUGAGUAACAUUCACUUUAUUAGAUUGUAAUUUAUAUAUAUAAUAUAAAAUAGAAAUUAGUUGGUUAUGAUUGGAUGAGUAUUUUGUCUAUGGCAUUGUUAGGUAAAAGUAUGAAUGUUUCAUAUCAGAGUAAUAAAGAACAUACAAUAGGAUAAGUAUUAAAUUAUAUGUAAGUUGAUGCAAUAUCAUUAUCAUGGUUUGGUUGGUAUUUAUCAUAAGUUAUGCUAUUACCAUUAUAAAUAGGCAUUUCUAUUUUUAUGAUGUUUGAAUUUAUAGGAGUAGCAUUUCUUGGAGGUUUAGGAGUAAUCUUUUUAACUGCUAUCUUUAAUAUUUUUGUUGGUAAAAAAAUUAGAUAAUAUUAAAUUACUAUGAUGAAAGAUAAAGAUAAAAGAACUAAUUGUGCUAAUGAAAUCUUUUAAUAAAUUAAAUUUAUUAAAGUUAAUGCAUAUGAAGAAUAUUUUAGAUCUAAACUUAAUUUAUUGAGAAAUCAAGAAAUGAAAUCAUUAAAAUCUAGAUUCUUUGCAUCUUGUUUAAAUAUAUUAUCAGUUUGGUUAAGUCCUAUGUUAAUUUUAAAUGCCACUUUCUUAAUUUAUGUAGCUAUUGGAAAUGAUCUUACUCCUGCUAAUACUUUUGCUAUUAUUAGUUUAUUUUAAAGUCUUUAAGGCCCACUUUUAUUUUUACCUAUGGCCAUUAAUGCUUUAAUAGAAUCUAAUAUCUCAUUUAAAAGAGUUUCCAAAUUUUUAUUAACUAAUGAAUUAAUGAAUGAUUGUAUUAUUAAUUAAACUCAAUUUCAUGCAGAUUUGUUAACAUCAAAAAAACUCUCAAAUAAUGAUGAUUCAAAAUCAUUAGUCACUUCAUAAAUUAUGAAAACUGAAAUAGAUAAUGAUAUAGCUAUCAAAAUUGAAUAAGGUACUUUUUAUUGGUAAAAAUACAAAGAUUAACCUCAAUAAAAGUAAUAAGAUCCUUCAAUCUCUAAAGGUUAAAAGAUUGAACCUGUACAAUAAGUAGAAUCAGAAUCUAUUUUGAAGAAUAUAAAUUUAAGAAUUGAAAAAGGAUAAUUUGUUGCAAUAGUGGGAGAUGUUGGAUCUGGUAAAUCCUCUUUAAUCUAAGCUAUAAUGGGUGAAAUGAUUUACAAAGAGAAUAAACCAAGAAUAGAAAUAAAUGGUUCUAUUGCAUAUGUUAGUUAAAAGACUUGGAUUUAAAAUGCUACUGUAAAAGACAAUAUUCUUUUUGGAUUACCUUUUGAUUAAAUAAAAUAUGAUGAAGCAAUAAAAUUUUCAUGUCUUAAUGAAGAUAUUAAGAUAUUAGUAAAAGGAGAUUAAACUAUGAUUGGAGAAAAAGGAGUAAAUUUAUCUGGUGGAUAAAAAGCUAGAGUAUCAUUAGCAAGAGCAAUUUACAGCAAUUGUGAUAUUUAUUUAUUAGAUGAUCCAAUAAGUGCUGUAGAUGUUCAUGUUGGUAAAUUUAUAAUUAAUGAAUGUUUAAACGGUUAUUUAAAAUAGAAGACAAGAAUUUUAGUGACUCAUGCUUUAAAUUAUUGUUUAUAUACUGAUUAUAUCUAUUUUAUAAAUAAUGGUAUAAUAGUUGAAUAAGGAACAUUUAAUAAAAUAAAAUAAAAUGAACAUUUUAAUAUGGUGUAUUAAAAGUUUUAUAAAGAUGGUAAAAAAGAAGAGGAAUAAUAAGAAUAAAAAUAAGUAGUUGUUUAAGAAGUAAAAUUAGAGAAAAAAUAAUAAUUUGAAGAAGAAACUGUAAAAUAGAGCUAAAUUAAAGAUUAAGUUGAUGAAUUAAUGUUAUUAGAAGAUAGAAACAGUGGAUCAAUUUCGUUAGAUAUCAUACUUACUUAUAUUAAAUAGACAGGUCGUUUAUUUAUUGUAUUUUUGAUUUUAAUGAUGUUCUUAUGGGAUGGUUGUUAUAUUGGUCAAUCUUUGUGGAUGGCUCAUUGGACUUAGUAAGCUAGUGAAGAUUUAGUAAAUGGAGAAGAAACAGAAAACUAUUUCUAUUUAACAAUAUAUUCAAUACUUUCUUUAAGUUAUGGUAUUUUAGCAUUUCUUAGAUCAUAUGCUUAUGUAUUAGUCAAUUGUAAGUAAGCAAAUAAUAUGCAUAAUAAAAUGGUUAGUUGUUUAAUGUAUGCACCAUAAUGUCAAUUCUUUGAAAGAGUUCCGAUUGGCAGAAUUAUGAAUAGAUUGACAAAAGAUUUAAAUGUUGUGGAUUCAGAUCUUUAUUGGACUAUUAAUUGGAUGUUAGCUUAUUUAUUUGCAUUAUUAGCUAAUACAUUUUUAAAUAUAUAUACAAGUUCUGUUUGGGUUAUUAUACCUAUGAUUCUUUAUUUUAUAUUAUGUUGGAAAGUAUAAAGAAUAUAUAUGACUGCUAGUCGAGAACUCUUUAGAUUAGAGGCUAUUAGUAAAAGUCCUAUUGUAAGUUAUUUCUCAGAAUCUAUCAUGGGAAUAACUACAAUAAGGGCAUUUUAAAGAUAAUCUUAAAUUAUGAAUAAACAUGGUAGAAAUCAAGAUAUUAAUCGUAAAAUAUACUUUGAAUAAAUUGCAGCAAAUGCUUGGUUUGGAAUGGUUCUUGGUCUAUCAAGUUUUAUUGUUAAUUCUACUGCUAUUGUAUUUUGUAUGUUUUAUAGUACAAAAAAUCCAGCAUAUGCAGGUUUAUUGAUGACUUAUGCAUCAACUUUAGAUUAAUAUAUUGAAGGAACAGUUUAAUCUUUAGGACGUGUAGAGAAUGGAUUUAUAUCAUUUGAAAGAUGUGUUGCUUAUACCAAGUAUAAUAUAUUAUUGAUUAAAUUAUAGGGUAAAUCCAGAAAAAGGAUAUGAAGUUGCAGUAAAAAAUUAUCAAAAUAAUUAGACAUAUAUAGAUAAAUAUAUACCAUAAUGGCCAAGAAAUGGAAUAAUUGAAUUUAAGAAUUUUUCUGUAUAAUAUCGUAUAGGUUUACCUAUGGCAUUAAAAAAUAUGAAUAUUUUAAUUAAUCAAAAAGAGAAAGUGGGUAUUGUUGGUAGAACAGGAGCUGGAAAAUCAACAAUAACAUUAACAAUAUUAAGAAUUUUAGAAUCUAUAAGUGGAUAAUUAUUAAUAGAUGGUCAUAAUAUAUCUACAUUAUCAUUAAAAUAACUUAGAGAAUCAAUUACAAUGAUUAUGCAAGAUCCUACAUUAUUUAGUGGUACAAUUAGAGAUAAUAUUGACCCUCUUAAACUUAGAACAGAUGAAGAAGUUAAAUAAGCUAUUAGCCUAUGUUGCUUAAAAGAAUUAAUAGAAUCAAGAAAUGGAUUAGAUACUAAAAUCAAUGAUCAUGGAGACAAUUUAAGUGCUGGUGAAAAAUAAUUAGUUUGUAUAGCUAGAGCUGUUCUCAAAAAAAGUCCUAUUAUUUUAAUAGAUGAAGCCACUGCUAAUAUAGAUAUUGAGACAGAAUAGAAAAUUCAAAAUACUAUUUAAAAUGCUUUUUCGGAUUGCACUGUCAUAACUAUUGCUCAUAGAAUUAAUACUAUAUUACAUUGUGAUAAGUAUUUAUUACAUUUUUAUAUUUAAUAGGAUUGUAGUUCUAGACAAAGGAGAAUUAAAAGAAUGUGGAUCAACUAAAGAAUUAUUGAAUUAACAAAACUCCUUAUUCUAUGGAAUAUAUUAGGAAGCUUUAAGAGAAUAAAGCAAAUGA